CAGCUGCCACUUAUUCGUUACACUUUUCAGUUUCACUUAGUUAGCAUAAGAAGCUGUACUUAAAAUUUGAAUGUGUAGCCACUAAUUCAUUGCACGAAGCUCGCGACAGAUCUUACUCAUCAGCCGCACGCACUCCAUUCCAUCACAGGAAGAAGGAGUUACGGUUCACUGUAACACACAACAGAGAAAGUGAAAUCAAAGAAUGGCGGGAACAGAGGAAGAAAGUGCAGUGAAGGAGCCUUUGGAUCUCAUAAGACUUAGUCUCGACGAACGUAUCUAUGUCAAACUUCGUUCUGAUAGAGAGCUUCGUGGAAAACUUCAUGCUUAUGACCAGCAUCUUAAUAUGAUUCUUGGUGAUGUUGAGGAAAUUGUUACCACUGUCGAAAUCGAUGAUGAGACUUACGAAGAAAUUGUCAGGACUACAAAGCGGACAGUUCCUUUCCUUUUUGUCAGGGGAGAUGGGGUGAUAUUGGUUUCACCACCACUGAGGACGGCAUAAAAUGCACUGAUGUUGAACUAUGUAAUCAUUUUGAUGACAACUAUCACAAAACUGUAUAUCUUCUUAACUAGUGAUCUCAUUAUUUAUGAUUAGAAUACUUUCAAUUGGGCAUGUUUUGCUAGUGUUUUCUGCAAAACAUUCAAUUUUUCUGUUCUCUUUUUAUCAUGGGAAUGAGAAUCAUGGAAUGCUCUUGAACAAGGGUUUUGGCAGCUUGAAGCUGUUGUCACAAAUUAGUGGCUCCAUGAGAUUAAGCCAA